AUGUCUGCACUUUCAUCGACGUUCUCCGAUAAUAAUCCGAAGCUGGAGAUGCUCCGGCAUGGAAUGGUGCCUAGAGAGAGCAACAAUCACACCGGCGGAGAGCAGAACGAAAAUGAAAAAUUCACGCCUCAGUUCGGCUUCUGCCGGACGACGACGAUGCACACGGUUCUGUUAUUCUUUCAGCGCGAAUCUCUAGUUCCCAGCCCAGCCUCGCUUGGCCUGGUGUGGCGUGGCGGUGCGACCAAAAUCCCAGGCAAAAAGCUACCCCAUUCCGUUGGUGACGAUUGGCUGGCAUCUUCAAGUUUUAGUUCUUGUUCUAGCUUUAGUCGUAAAUCUAAUUCUAGUUCUAGCUCUUCUUCUACUUCUAGUUCGAGAUCAACUUCUUGUUCUAGUUCUACUUCAAGUUCUACUUCUACUUCUUGUUCUACUUCUACUUCUAUUCAAGCUCUAUUCUAUUCUAGUUUUACUUCUAAUUCGAGUUCUACUUUUACUACGAGUUCUUCUUCUACUUCGAGUUCUAAUUCUAGUUCUAGAAGUUCUACUUUCAGAUCUACUUCUACUUCCACUUCGAGUUCUUGUUAUAGUUAUACUUCUACUUCUACUUCGAAUUCUAGUUCUUGUUAUAGUUCUACUUCUACUUCGAAUUCUAACUAG